CCUCCCUGUCUGUCUGUCCGGGACUCUGGCCGUCGCCGCGGGCCUGUGCGGUGCAGUGCGGUGCGGUGCAGUGCAGUGUGGAUCAAUGUUCUCCCUGGGGGAGGGCUUCUCUGUGUGGAGCGACUUCUCGGGUUGGCGCCCGCUGCUGCUCGUCAUGCUGCUGGUGGUCGGGGCCUUCAUCGUGGCCUUCGUGCUGCUCUUGUACAUGGUGUCGCCGCUCAUCAGCCCCAGGCCGCUGAAACUGAACGGGGCCCACGUCGUGGUGACUGGAGGAUCCAGUGGUAUUGGAAAAUGCAUUGCCAUAGAGUGCUUCAAGCAUGGUGCUUUUAUAACCUUGGUGGCUCGGGAUGAGGGCAAACUUCUGCGGGCAAAGAAGGAAAUCGAAAAACAUUCAAUUAAUGACAAGCAGGUGGUGCUGUGCAUUUCUGUCGACAUAUCAAAAGACUAUGGCCAAGUCGCAAGUGUAAUCAAACAAGCCCAGGAGAAACUAGGACCUGUGGACAUGCUCAUCAACUGUGCUGGGAAAUCAGUUGCUGCGAAGUUUGAAGAUAUUGAAGUUGGCUUAUUCAGGAGGUUAAUGGAGACCAAUUAUCUAGGCAGCAUUUAUCCUACAAGGGCGGUCAUUCACACCAUGAAGGAGAGGCGGCUGGGAAGAAUUGUGUUUGUAUCUUCCCAGGCAGGACAAGUGGGAUUAUUUGGAUACACUGCUUAUUCUCCUUCCAAAUUUGCUCUGCGUGGAUUAGCAGAAUCGCUGCAAAUGGAGGUAAAGUCUUACAACAUCUACAUCACAGUUGCGUACCCUCCAGACACGGACACGCCUGGCUUUCAAGAAGAGAAUAAAGACAAGCCUUUGGAGACCAAAUUGAUCUCUGAAACAUCAGGAUUAUGUCAGCCAGACCAAGUGGCAAAAAUUAUUGUAAAUGAUGCUGUGCAAGGAAAUUUUAACAGCUCGAUUGGUCCCGAUGGGUAUAUGUUGUCUGCACUCACCUGUGGUAUGUCACCCGUCACUAGUAUUACAGAAGGGCUCCAGCAGAUCGUUACCAUGGGCCUUUUCCGCACGAUCGCCCUGUUUUACUUGGGGAGCUUUGACAGCAUUGUGCGCCGUUGUAUGAUGCAGCAAGGAAAGUGUGCAGAUGUGGAAAAGAAAGAUUAAUCGUAAUCUAGGGGGUGUCCAGGAACAGACUUUGGGAGAUAAAUGGUUGAGAGAAGUUUGAUGGACAGGAGUUUUACUCCUUGCCCUGCAGGCCUUUAUGUUGCUUAGUUGACAUUGGACCUUGGGGCAAGGGAAGACUUCCACAUGCAAGUUAACUAUAUGUUGCCAAGAUGAUUCUGGUGUUGCCUAGAAUGGGAAUUGCAAUAUAACAUAACCUGGAUGGAUGUGGAGGGCAGCAAGUCAUGUAUGCACAAGAGUAUAAUCUCAAUUAUAUUAUUUUGUGUAUUGUUGAUAUUCUAUUUUUGUCAUCAACACUUUCCCCUUCGUUCAAAUUAAAGAGGAAAGUCCUGCUAUUUCAUCAUCUGUCACUCUUGGCUUCUGGUAUGUUACUGGUUUUCAGAGAAAUUAAAUACGUCAAUGUUUCCGUUUCUAUUCAAAUAGCCUGUGUUAGCUUUUGCUUCAGGACCUCCCAUCAUUAAAACUAAAUAAUUUAUUUUAAAAUAAUCCCAGCUUGGUUUGCUAGAGCUGAGGAGGGAAAAGAGUCUGCUAAAUGCAAGCUAUUUUUCAACAACCUAGUUCUGGUGUUGCCUGGAAACUCAAUUACAAAAUAUAGAGUUGGCAUAGUUGUGGAAAUAAGUACAGUAAAUCAUUAGUAGAAGACAAAAGUUUUUUUUGGGUGGGUGACUAGUGCACCGAGUUACCAUUGUUUUCAAACAAGGAACCAGGUCAAAACAGAGUUCCUUAAGAUUCAUAGCCCUACGCCACAAAGUGAAGAGUUAAUGAUUUGGGUUUGAAAUGAAGGUUCAGUUAUAUAAGCAGGAGUACAUUAAUACUUUAUAUUGGUUAGUUAUCUGUCAAGAGAGCUCAACUCUAAUUCAGUGUUGCAUUACUUCACUCUGGGCUGCUGGAUAAGUAACGUUUCCUCUGUGUGCAUUCAUGUGUUCAUUGGUGAAUUUGUUUAAUGGUUAGACCACCAGCAGCCUUCUAAUCCUAAUACAUUCACAUUCAGAAGUUUCCUUUUUUUGUAUUCGUAUAAAUACAACAAAAUGUUUGUGCAAAAAUUAUUUUAAAAAAAAACUCAUGCCAUAAUUUAUGGAACAGGAAGAUUUUUGGGGUGUUUCACUUUUCAUUCUACAAUUGUUUAUUUAAACCUGAGUUCAAUUGUAAGGAUUGUGCCAGUUUAACAGCUUUAUCAUAGGUCCUAGGACAUACAUUUGGGUCCUAAUUUGUGAGAUUCAGAAAACAGUCUAUAAAUAGUGAAUUUCAGGUGUGAAGUAGCUGACCCUCAGGAGCUCAGCUCAGAUGCCAAUCUCAGUGGUUGACUUCUGUGAAGUUGGCGUCUGAGCAAGAAUUAGGCCUGGCACAUCCGAGAUUCACCUAUUGCAAAUCUCUCAAAUCAGCACUCUGCUUCUUUCAUGAGCAGGAAUGGAAUGUGCAUGUGUGAUCUCAUUUUAUUUAGCAUUUGUACACAAUGCCUUUGGAGUUGAAGUGACAAAAGAUUUAACUCUGACUAGUUCUGCGAUUUGAUGAAAUGGCCUUGCUGAACACAGUGAUCUGAAUAAACCGGAAUUUCACAGCUGGCUGCAACACUAGUUGCGUAAGAAAACUGAUAAUUUCUGUGAUUUAUUGCGUGGGUUUGCUCCAGAAACAUUUCUUGGAGAAACGGGGGACGGACGGAAAAGUACUGUCAUGAGAUUACGGGAAAUGAGUCAAAGUUGCUAAAUAAUUUCAUCACAUAAUAAUAAUUACUAAUUGUAACUUGUAGUUAUAUUUUUCAGGUACCUACAAAAGGGGACCAGUUCUUUCUGAAAUAUCGUCAUAUAAUUCCUGAAGUCCUCCUGUAGAUGUAGUUGCUCUCUCUUCUCUUUUGGCUCCCCGAUAGUUAAAGGAGGGAAUUCUAGAAUAUAAUCAAAGUACUUUGAUUAUUGAAAUAAGCUGAAUCUGUUUCUAGAGAGAUCGAUUGGCACAGUCCUAACGUGAAUUAUUGUUUUCAGUGAUGUGUCUUUUUGUCAUGUAAAACAUGUGCAUUUCUGGUUAAUACAUUGCACCUUAACGAGAAUGAUUUAUAUGAUUUUUAUUGAAAAGAAAAAAUACUGCAAAAUAUGUAACUUAUACGCAGCUAAAGAAAAUAGCAAAUAUCACGCAAGUGUGACGAAAAUGGGAUAUGAACACAUCAUGAGAAAAUCCUAAAGGAUUUUUUAAAAACUGACUUACAGAAGAACAAUGUUCUAGCUUUCAAAAAGCUGUUUUUUUCUAGGAAAGUUCACUGAUUACAGGCGCUCAAUAGAAUAAAUAUUUCAUUUUUUUGGUUUGCUUCAGUUAUAAGUUCUGAGAUGGUCAUUAACCUCUUGAUUUUGAUACUGUGGUUUCAGUGUGUAAAACCAAUGUAGAAAGCCAUGUCAACUAGACAUGAGUGAUUACUGUGUGGACCCAAAUACCCAGUGGAUGACUGGUUAUAAUCUUAGAUCCUGCUUUUUCAACUAUACCUGGCAUGUCUAAAUGAUUUUAUUUUCGAGGUGUGCAAAAUGCUGAAAUAACCCAGUUUAAAUGGGUCUAUUCUUUUCCCUCAAAUCCUAUUGGCUAUGUCAAUGGCUGGAAAUUCAAGAAAAACUGCCUCACCUUUUUCUGAAACAACAAUUCGAAUAACUUCUUCUAGGUGUGUGUAUUUUUUUUAAGCAAACAUUACAACAAUUAGUUAAUUUAUCAUCCCAGUUUCCCAAGAUAUGUGACUGGAUUUCCCACCAUUGGGAUUUAAUGUGGCUAAAGUUGAACUUUCUUCUACAGGUUCCCGGGGGGAGCAAUUUUCACUCACUAUUUUCUGUGUCACUGCAUGAUCAGGAUAUCUUGUGCUUAUGCUGUUUGUCCAAAACAAGAAGCAAAAUUGCUGUGUCCUAGAAAAGUCCAGUAAAUAUCCAGUUAGAUAAAUUGCUGUUGAUCGAGAGUAGUGGGGGUUUCCAGUUCUUUUAUUGUAAAGUUAGUGACUGUAGCUGCUAUUUUAUAUAAUGCCAAAUAGCAUUCAAUUUCACACUAAUUGCAAUUCUUGUUGGAAUGGUAUUACAUGCAAUAUCAAACCCAUAAAAUUUAUUGCAUUGUCUUUGAUCUCUCAAAUAAUUAUUCUAGCCUCCUUUGUGAUACACUCCUUUUGUUUCUGUUUCAGUUAUUGGAUCCUAUUCUCAUACUUUACCAAUACUUUAAUCCUUUUUAUAUGCUCCGCCUUAAAUGUGUUUUUUUUCGUUGAAUCUUAUCUAAAUUAUUGAGAAGCCCCUACCAUGUCAUUUGCUUAACGUUUUGCAAGAGCCAACUGCCUUUCCUAGAAUAAUUGAUCCUCUCCCCCCCUCCCACCCUCUAACUUGUACUGGAAUACAAUCCUUGUGUACUUCAAACCAAAUAGACAUUUAAUCAAGUAGCUGAUUGACAUGUACCAAGAAUCCCUAUCAGAGUUCACCAUGGUACUGUACUGGCACAAUAAUAUGCAAGAUGCUAAAUCCGCCCAUUUAUCAGAAAAUAGUCCAGGGAAGUGUUCAUUUUUGGAUUAUAAUUUUCUUCCAAUUCCCAGCCAAGCCUCUCAACACUUAAUAUAUUUGAGAUUUUUCUUCCCUCAACAGUCUGCUUUUCUCAGAGGUUAAAUUCAUUUUAUUUGUAAUGAUUGUCAGCUUUUGGUUAUAUACUGCACACUGCAGGCUCUGUUAUGUGUGUGUGUGUAUAUAUAUGUGUGUGUCUAUAUGUAUAUAUAUAGUAUUUGCAAUCCAGUUUUUGCAAGAUUUGUAGUUUCUUGUAGAAAAGCUCGAUUGUAGUAAAGUAAUAAGUAUUCCCUAGUGCUUUGCUUUGGCAACAUCUCUGGCUUUUCUCCAUUUAUUCCUAAGGGGCUGUCUGAGGCUGCUAAAGGGAGUANUUUUUUAAACUGAUGAAGCCAAUUAGCAAUGACUGAAGUUGGAUUUCCCUUGUUCUGCCACGGCAGUAUCUCGAGUGCAGGUCAUAAGUCUUCUGCAGCCCAAAGGGAUUCUGUUUGAUUUUUGUUUUCAUUAUAUCAGAAAGUGCUGCUUGUCCUGUGACUCUGAAUACUCAAGUGUUCUACAAACAGCAAAAUGUGCUUUGAAAGCUGCUUUUUAGGUUUUGAAUAUUCCCCAACCAAACAUAUAUUAUUUUUCUUCUUCUCUGUAUCAUUUGCAUAAGAAUAUGCAAUAUAUGUCAUUCCAAACUACCUUGUUUCAUUCUUAUGGGAUAAAAUAUCCUUGCAUAAAACAUUUAGAGUGAUCCAGAAUACAAUGUACAGUUAACCCCUAACCCCAAAAGACUUGUGGUUUUGCAGGCUUUCUGCCCAAGGUAUAGAGAAUUGAUAACAAAGAGUAAACACAGUGAGAAUGAAAUUGCAAAUGCCACCAAGCCUUGUCUGUUUUGUUUUUUUGUACCCUGGACCUGUCCAGAAUAACAUCCACAUUUCUCCAUUUCUUGCGGGGGAAGAAGAUGUCAAAACAUUUCAGGUAAUCUAGUAAAUCUUGAAGGAUUGGUGGACUAUACUAAGAAGCUUGUUUUUGUCUGAGGCUGAAGCUGUGAAGACCUGCUCAAUUUUGCUGAGUGUUUUUGGUGCCAUAAACAAGAUACUGUCAACUACCCUUCCUCAUCCUGGGAGUGAUCACCUGCUUCUUCAGGUUGAUGUGAACUGUUCUGUAACAAACGAGCAGCUGAUCUGGGCCCUGUCUGCCUCUGUUCCGUCUUAUUUGCCUGCUAGGAAAUGUGGAAGAUCUGCACGUUUGAACUGGCUUUCAAAAUAAAUUUUCCUCCCUCAGAGGCUCAGGUGAAGCAUCUCCCAAGAUGACCUACCUGAGAUUUGGGAGCUCACCAGAUGGGGAAUGAAGAGGGAGAACCAGUCGCUCCUUUUAGUCUAGCACACGCAUGCAGCAACUGCUAGUCCAAGCAAUAGCUCAACAUUAAUGUCCAUACACACAAAUGCUCUCUUAGUGCAGUUUUGAUACAAAACCAUGAUCAGUUUUGCACAUGUUUAUUCACCUACAAGCUAAGAAACCUAGUUUAAUCCAUCAAAAAUAACCAAGAAUUAUAAUAGUGCUUCUCAAAAUAUUUUUAUAUGGUUACUUUAAAGUAGUAUAAAUACUGACUUGUCAAUACUGUUACUGUCUAUUUCAGAUAUUUACUGCUUAUGCUCUUCAACUUGUAUUGCUGAAACAAUAAAAUAAAUAUUGGAUGCUUUUCA